AUGGUCAGCUGUGUCACCGUCGCUCCGCGACGAAACCACAGAGGCUGCUUCGCCGUCAGACGUUGCUCCACUGUCCGGCAGAGGAGUGUGGCACGCCGCCACUUUUGGCCGAGCGCUAGGACCGCUCGUUUGCACCGCCGCUGUCGGCCGGAAGCUAGGACCGCUCAUUUCUCCUUCGCCCGCCUGCACACCCCCACCGAGUCGGGCAGCUCUGCUUCCGCCUUUGCAGCCAUUUCUCCCUCAGACAUCGGAGGGGUAACUUCCUUCCCCACCGCGUCCAGCAACUCCCGCAACGAACUUUUCACAUUCCCAAAAGAGUCCCACCUGGGCCACAACACUGUCCGAGACCUGAAGGUCUGGAGUGACAUCACCCCACUGAAUUUCCACGAAGUGGCAGGAAACAAUGCUGACAUCCAGACAGACUUCUCCAAGGCAGAUCACAAUGAUGGCUGUCCCUUUGACAGGCCUGGUGGGACAGUGGCACAUGCUUUCUUCCCUGGAGACCAUCACACAGCAGGGGACACUCAUUUUGAUGAUGAUGAAUAUUGGACCCUCCAAUUAUCAGGAGUCAGGGAAUCUGUGUCCCCCACAGCCAAGCCUGAAGUAAGUGAAACUGAUGACCAUCCAAUCCUGCCAGAGCUACCAGAGAACCACUCCACUGUCCUGUAA